AUGGCUGCAUCCACCCAUUGUUGUAUGCUGUGGUUUCCUGGUGGACCACCUCUCACCUACCUGCCUUUCCCGGUGCCUGAUGGGGACAAAAGACCAGGAAGCUGUCCUAACCAUGAGCACUGCGGUGGUCACUUUCUCCCACCAAGUCAAGUCGUUGAAAGAUUGCUUGGUGGUGGGGCGGUGCUAGGGGGCACCCUUCAUGAGUGGUGCCAAGUUAGGGAAUCCAUUGCUGACAGUGUGCUUGCAGCAGACAAGGCCAUGGAGUGGGUUACCACAAAUUUGAACGUCAGCCACACCAACCUCUUCAAACUUGCUGCUGUGGGGCUGUUGAUCCCAACAUCAACAUCAGACUGUGAGCGUGGAUUUUCCACCCUCAAGAGGGUAAAAACAACACACAGGGCAUCUUUGAGCCCACCUGUUCUCAACCCCAUCCUUCCUGUUGGGAUGUUAGGAGCACAAAUAGAAAAGGUCGAUAUCAACUCCAUGGUGAAAAUUUGGCACAAGGAGAAACCAAGGCGUAGCCAGCUCUAGGCAGUCAUAAUUAAUUGAUAUAAUAUUAUUGUUUUAAAUUUUUUGUGCGAUAUAUAUUUUUCUGUUAAAGUUAUUUGAAAAGACAAUAAAAUAUGUUAAUACUGAACACCUUUUGCUUGACUUAACUCUCAUUAGAUAUGCACCAAAAUACACCAUUCCUUUGUAAGGUU